AAUAAGCUUCUCGAAGUCGAGGAGCAUAUUUGGUCUCCAAUGUAUGGACUCAAAGGCAACGUUGAUGCCACUGUGCAAGUCGCUUGUCAUGACGGCGAGAGCGAUAAAAACCUGGUCGUACCACUUGAGCUCAAAACAGGCAAUAGGGAUACAAAUCAGGCUCACAGGGCACAGACGGCUCUGUAUACUUUGCUGCUUUCUGAUCGCUACGAUGUGGAAUGUACCUUUGGAUUGUUAUAUUACCUCGAAACAACGAAAAUAUUCCGGAUUCGUGGCAUCCGGCAUGAGCUCCUGCAGAUGAUCCAGCAGCGAAAUCGCAUAGUCGGAUACAUGCGCCAGAGAACGCACCUGCCGCCGAUGGCCAAGAAGUCCUCAUUUUGCA